UUUUCAAUUGUUAUACAACACAUUAUAUUUAAAUACAUUGUUGAAAUAUUAUACAGCAAUUAGAAAAGUUUGUCAUUGUUAUAUUAAAAUAUAUUAUUUUUGAAAGAAAAAUCUGUGAAUACUGUAAAUAACCUAUAAUAGAAUAAUUUCUCAGUUAUAAAACAAGUAAUAUAUGUAUAAUUAGUGUCUUCAAUUAAGAUUGGACAAUACAGUAUAUCAAAAUGACAAUAGUCGAUUACAUUCAUACUCUAUCAGAGAAUCCUUACUUUGGUGCCGGUUUCGGUCUUUUUGGCGUAGGAGCUGGAGCUGCUAUAUUAAGAAAAGGAAUGCAGGCUGGCAUGAUAUUCUUUAGGCGACAUUAUAUGAUUACUUUGGAAGUUCCAUGUCGAGACAAAAGUUAUCAAUGGCUCUUGCAAUGGAUCACACAUAGAGGUGCUACUAGAACGCAACAUUUGUCUGUUGAAACGAGCUUUGAACAAAAAGAAACUGGUCAAAUUAAAACUAAAUAUGAAUUCAUACCUAGCAUCGGAACUCACUUUUUUAACUAUCGAGGUAAUUGGAUUAGAGUUGAAAGAACAAGAGAACAACAAACAUUAGAUUUGCACAUGGGUAUUCCAUGGGAAACAGUACAGCUUACAGCAUUCGGAAGAGACAGAAGUUUAUAUUUUAAUAUUCUUGAAGAAGCUAGACAAAUGGCUUUAAAGGAGCAUGAAGGAAAAACUAUAAUGUAUGUUGCGAUGGGCAGUGAGUGGAGACAAUUUGGACAUCCUAAAAAGAAAAGGCCGUUAACAUCAGUAGUCUUAGAUGCUGGAAUAUCUGAAAGGAUAUUAAAUGAUUGUAAAGAUUUUAUUAGUACCCCUUCAUGGUAUAGUGAUAGAGGGAUUCCAUAUAGGAGAGGAUAUUUAUUGCACGGUCCACCAGGGUGUGGAAAAUCAUCUUUCAUAACUGCAUUAGCUGGAGAGUUAGAACGUGGUAUAUGUGUCUUAAAUUUGUCCGAACGUGGCUUAACAGAUGAUAGAUUAAAUCAUUUAUUAGCAGUUGCUCCGCAACAAACAAUUAUUCUUCUUGAAGAUAUUGAUGCUGCAUUUACUAGUAGAGAAGAAUCUAAGGAAGUUAAAGCAGCGUACGAUGGUUUAAACAGAGUUACGUUUAGUGGUCUAUUGAAUUGUUUGGAUGGCGUUGCAUCUACUGAAGCAAGAAUUUUAUUUAUGACAACCAAUUAUCUGGAACGUUUAGAUCCUGCUCUUGUGAGACCUGGUAGAGUUGACGUCAAAGAAUAUAUUGGUUGGUGCAGUGGUUCUCAAGUCGAACAAAUGUUUUUGAGAUUUUAUAAAUCGCCUGAAAACGUAACGAAUGAUAUGGCGAAACAAUUUGCUAACGAAGUGAUGGCUCAAAAGAGAAACGUUAGUCCUGCGCAAAUUCAAGGGUACUUUAUGUUCCAUAAAAAUGAUCCAGAAAAAGUCAUAAGCAAUGUUACACAAAUAUGGGAACUUACAUAAUAAUGAAAAUUGAAAAUACUGUCUACCUGGAAAUCUCUGUAGGAACAUUUUAUAUUAUAUUUAAACUAUAUUUUAACUUUUGGAAUAUGAGAUGUACUUUAUAUUUAUGUAGGUAAUCUGUGAAAAAAUAUAAACUGUUGUAAUCGGAUGAGAUAUA